ACAGAAGCUAGCUGCUGUUCGAAAUCUUGUGUGCUUUUCAGAUACUCAACUAAAUUAAACUAGCUGCUAGCUGCUGUUUUCGGGCGGGUUUUUGAUGGUCCCCAAGAGGCAUUUUCGCGACCGGGGAAGCGAGGACUUCGAGUUUCCGGUUCCAGAAUCCAAAAGGAGGCCUACUUUUAGGAAUGUUGUUAGGGAUGUGAUGAGAGAUGCCACGCUGAAUGAACGCGAGUGGGAAAGCUUCUUACGGAGAAUUGUGCGAGAGGAGGUGGAGCGCGGUAUUCUUCCCUUCCUCAUGUCAUCUCCAAGCGUAUCCAGGCCGUCGCUGGAAAGUGGGAGUACUUCUGGAGGAAGUGGCUUGCAGUUGCGUUUUGUCAACAAGCUGGCAGGAACCAUAUUCACAGGCGGUAGGGUGGAAGCAGAGAAUGGCGAGCCUCUUCAAAUUGAACUAGUCGAUGCCAGUACCGGUGCUAUAGUCCGUUCCGGUCCCCUAUCUUUGCUGAAGCUUGAACUUCUUGUCGUGAAUGGUGAGUUCGGGUCUGAUGAUCAAGAGGAUUGGACCGAACGAGAAUUCAACAACUACAUUGUUCGCGCAAGGGAUGGCAAGAGGCCAUUAGUGACGGGCGAGAUACAUGUUACACUAAGAGAGGGAGUUGGUUCUGUUGGUGAUGUUAUGUUUACUGACAACUCGAGCUGGAUAAGAAGCCGAAAGUUCAGACUAGCAGCUCGAGCUGUGGCCAAAUCUUCGAGUGAAGUACGAAUUAGAGAAGCUAGAAGUGAACCGUUUGUGGUUAAAGAUCACCGUGGAGAAUUGUAUAAGAAGCACUACCCUCCAAACCUAAACGACGAAAUAUGGCGCCUGGAAAAGAUAGCGAAAGACGGAGCCUUCCAUAAGAGACUGUGCGAGAAUGGAAUCAGCACAGUGGAGGAGUUCCUGCAGUUGUACAUGAGAGAUGUAUCCUCACUACGAAAUGCUUUCGGUGGGAUCUCGAACAAGAUAUGGGAAACAAUCAUAGAGCAUGCUAUGACCUGUAAGUUGGAUGACCAUAAGUGCUAUGCCUAUCGUAGAGCUGAGCACGAUGUAAGUCUCAUGUUCAAUUCCAUCCACAGGCUUGAAGGGGCAAUAAUCAAUGGCCAGUUCUGUUCUCUGGAUGAACUCGACGCGCAUCAGAAGAUGCUGGUGGAAACUCUGAAGCAGCAUGCUUAUCAAAAUGUAAGAGAUUUGAUCCCUGUCGAUUCUUCAACUAUAUUUGGCCUUUCGAGGCCCUUGCCAUGUCCACAAGCUGAGCAAUUCACCAGUCCAAACCCUGAUCUGCAACAAAUUCAAUUUCAGUUCACACAUCAAGAUGAACUCCCAAUACAACUAGGUUUCAACCAUGGAUCAGCUUCAACCUCAUGUGCCUACCAAGCAGAAGGCAGCAGCAAUCAGUUAAUGGUUUCUCUAGCACAAAGCCAACCAAUGCAACUCCGAAGCAACAGCUUUUCGAUGGAGGACUUUAACUCCGUCAUCUACAAUGAAGAAAGCAGUUGGCCGUCUCUCGGUGUUUUCCAAGCGCCAAAUCUCCCAACCGGUCAUUUAGGGACAGAAAACCUUUUCCAGGUCCAAGCAUCAACUUGGUCUCCUGCAAACCCAAUAUGGGGACAAACAGGCGGCUUCUACUUCACUUCAGGUAGUGAAGCAGAAGCCGCACAUUUCCCUCUUCCCGCUUUUGUACAUAACGCAGGGACUAGACGGAAACCCAAGGCAUGCUGGUGCAAGCUUCGUGCCGCCAUUAAAUGGUGGGUUUCCGUUAGGAAGCAUGUGAGUGCUAGAAGAAUGGCAAGGCCUCCCAUGUAUCUGAACUACUAGAAGAAAUGUAGUUUCAUGUUCUCUGUUUUAGUUUGUUAAUUACUAUUUACUAGCUUUAGAAAGCAAGCAAUUACCUAGAGGUAAAAGGGGUAAAAAUAUCUCGUAGUCCGAGAUGUGCUAAGCUUAGUAGUUCGUAGGUUCUACUUUUCUGCAGUUAGUUGAUCAUAGUGUACACCACAUAGUGUCAAACUGAUCUAUGUAAAACUUGGUUUUUGAAAAGAAAUAUAGAAUAAAAAUUACUGCUUUAUGUA